AAGUUACCAUUAAAAAUGAUAACAAUAAAUUCGUAAUCAGUAGUUUUCAGACUUGCAGUGUUGAUAGACUCAAAAACUACAUCACAGGAGAAAUUGAUACUGCUCGAUUUGAUCUUUAUAAAAAUAGCGUAUAUCUAAAAAAUCUAAUAGAUAGGAAGGACGCACUUUUUAAUUAUUUUGAUACUAUUAAUGAUAGUAAUCUAACAGUCGUUGUACAUCUCACUACCGCCAAAACUCCCUCUAGCAAAUAG